GAUUCUGCCAAGAAGGAUCUUUCCAGCUUGAAAGACACGUUCGGCUUGAAGUACUCGUUCACGAAUAUAUCUUGCGCAGCCUUGGAAGCGAUCAAGUGGCGCCAGAUUGCCGCGAACGGUGCCAAGAACUGGAACAAUUGGACGACCGAUUUUUCACCG